AUGAUUCCCAUCCAGGCCCGGAUACGGGAUAUGGCUGUCGCCAAAGCUACCACCGCAGCUCCUGUGGCGACAACCGACCCGGCACAGGUCAGCUUCAGCUGGAGCGGCAGCGAUUUCGAGUGUUCGCCUCUCUCCAACCCAUCCGCUCCUCCACCAACGCCAACCGACUCCCUCUAUGACAUCCACCCGCGCAAGUCAUCAUUCUCUAGCGAAUACGGAAUGGGCGCCGCAUGUGCUUUUCCCUCAUGGCCGAACCGUGCCUCCCUGUCCAACGCCAACCCAUGUGACACGUUUGUCAACAACGCGUUCCUUUCCGAUGAGGAUCUCCUGUGGAUGCCGGAGAAUCCCACGGAGCUUCCCAUCCUUGAGGAGCCCAAGGCCAAGCAGCCCAAGCACUUUCUCUCUUCUAUGAAGAUGGAGCAGCAGCUCGAGCUUAUCCGAGCCGCCGCCGAGGAGGAAGAUCGCGCUCGAUUCAUGGCCAAGGUCGAAGCCCAUGCCCGUGCCACGCAAGCCCUUCGUCAAGCAAAGGUCGACAGUCCCGCCGAGCGCUCUCCACCCAAGUCUAAGAAGCGCCGCCCAGUCCAAGGCAAACGCCGUGCUCACUCCUCUGGAGCCAAGGUUGUUAUGCCUUAG